UACACCAUUUUCUUUCCUUUUUCCCUAUCCAUUUAUAAAAUAAACACGCGCAUAACAAAAAGAAAAGGGAAUGUGGUUUGGGAAGUAUUGGAAUUCCAGCUGAAUUUCUAGCUUAUAUAUGUAUCCUACUUCAUUGUCAGAGCGUCAUUCUUUGCUCUCUAGCUACCAGUACAACAAGUUGUCUAGUUGAUCACCCUUAAUUUCCUGAAGACCGCUGUUUGGAAAAUUGCUGGAGUACGAAGAUUUUCCUUGGUUCUGAUAGUAAUUCAGAAAUAAUUUCUUCUAGCAUAAGAGAAGGCAUAAAAUAGUUAUGUCUAAACAUAAGGUACCCAACUACGAUGAGAGCAUCAUCGAUUUGAGCGUUACACAAGGAAUAGGUUAUGAUUUCAACUGUCCUGAGGCUCUAUCGCAACAUCCAAUACGGAAACGUGAACCUGAAGAAACUCAAGCAAGCAACAAAGGGAAAAGGCCAACAGUUGCGGAGGUUCUUUCAGUUUUGAACCCAUCGUGGAAUACGAUACUAUUAACUUCAUGUGUGAUUGCAGUUUUAUUUGAUCCUUUGUUCUUUUACAUUCCAUACAUCAAUGAGAAAGAAAAGUGCAUGGGAAUCGAUAAACAAGUGCGGACUGCAGCUCUGGUUUUCCGAUCAGUCACGGACAUCACUUUCCUAGUGCAUAUCAUAUACCAACUUCGUGAAGCUAUCAAAUUUGCAGCUUCAAAGGUUCCAAGGGAUACAAAUUCAAAAAAUUGGGAAUGGGAAUCGGUAUCCCGAGCUCAGAUGAUUAAGUUUGCGAAGGAAUUUUCUCGCAAAUUGUCAUGGCGCUCUUUCCUAACUGAUGUUUUCGCUAUUUUCCCCAUGCCACAACUGCUAAUAGUAGGGUUCUUUUUCGAAAUGGGAGGCAGUAACUAUUUGGAGAGAAGAAAGAUUCUGAGUGGUUUUGUUCUAAUCCAAUAUGUGCCAAGAAUUUAUCGAAUUUAUCUAUCGUAUACCGCGGUUACACAUUCCGCAUUAUGGGUUAAAGGUGCAUUCAAUUUUUUUCUCUACAUCCUUGCCAGUCAUGUACUGGGAGCUUUUUGGUACUUUUUUUCUAUUUUUCGAGAGACAUCAUGUUGGUACCGAAGUUGCAUUGAGGCAAAUCCAAGAUCAGGAUGCACUUUUUAUUGCCAUGACAAAACUCCAAUUGUAACCGAAGGAUUCAAUAAAACUACUCUAGGAGAUCUUUGCCUUUUAAAAGUUCCACAUAAUAUGUUGGAACCACCAUUUGAUUUUGGAAUAUUUUUUGAUGCCCUCAAAAAUGAUAUCCAGGGGCCAAUAAAUUUUCCAACAAAGAUUGGUUUCUGCUUUUGGUGGGGCUUGCGAAAUUUAAGUUCUUUUGGCACAAGUUUGGAAACAAGUACCUAUCUGUGGGAAAACACCUUUGCAAUUCUUAUUUCUAUCAUCGGCUUGCUAUUGUUUCUAUAUCUCAUUGGAAAUGUUCAGUUAUAUAUGGCGAAGGCAAUUACAAGAGCGGAAGAGGUAAGAGAGAAAAUUCAGACCAAAAAGAACGAUAUAGAAAAGUGGAUGGAAAAUAAUGACCUCCAAGAUGACAUGAAGGAAGAGAUCAUGAAAAACAUCAAGAAAAAAUUGGAAGAGGACAUAAAUGCCGAUCUGGAGAAUCUAUUCUCUGUUCUUCCCUGGUAUACCAAGAAAGCUCUAAAGCGCGUUCUUUGCAUGAGUGCGCUAAGAAAAGUACCAAUGCUUAGCCAGAUGGAUGAAAAAGUUUUGAAAAUGAUGUGCGACUAUCUGAAGCCGGUGAAUUACCCAGAGAAUACCUUGGUUUUUCAGAUGGGAGAACCAUUUGAUCGAAUGGUCUUCAUUACAGAAGGGCUUAUGUGGACUUACACGACUGCUACUGAGAGUAGUCAUUAUGGAAAAGCAACAAAACCGGCUACUUCUCCAUCCAUGGAUACCAACUUCCUCAAGAAGGGUGAUUCUUAUGGACACGCGCUUCUGCAGUUUGCAUCAUCAUCUCUUGCGGCACUCCCUACCUCGAACGCAAAUGUCCGGUGUCACACAAGGGUUGAAGCGUUUGUUCUCAUGGCCAAGGACUUGAAAAACAUAGUAACUAAAUGCGAACAUUUGUGGCCUUUCGACUACAAUGCUUCUAAAGAUGAGGCGGCGGAUAAGGUGGCACCACUGGGGCAGUUGCCAAAGAAGUGUGUAUCAACAUCGACCACUGGCAACCGUGGGUGACGCGAAGCUGAAGCCUGCAAAUCGCCCCUAGCCAGUGAUCUAGGGCACUUGUGCAUUUGCUGUUACAAGGCGGCUAGAGCUAUCGAUCAACUCCUUCAAGCUGGCUACUUUUAUUAAUUACAUAUAUAUCGUCGUUUCGUCCUUGUGUUUGUUGUGUACAGUGUACUUAAGCUCUGGUACUUGCAUGUUAUCGAUCGGUAUUUUUACUUUUUAGUAUCAGUUUGAGAUUAAAGAUAAUCUUGAGUUUUGAUUUUCUUAUUUCAUUAAAUGGUCGGUAUCGGAGUUGUGUGAGCAUAUUCGUUUA